AUGACGAGGGAGAAGGGCCAGAUGGCGACGGCGAUUGACGUCGACGACGACGUUCACGGCGACCCAGGUAAUUUCAUGGAGGGGGAAGAGUCGCCGCUCCCUGAUUCACCGGUGACGAGGGAGACCAAGAAGACGAAGAAUGGGGUUCUUCUAGAGCUGGGGAGCGGGACUUGGAACCACAAGAAAACUCAGGAUUUCGGUUCAAGUUCCAGAAUUUGUUAAAGCAAACAAAGUGGAAAGUUAACUUUGAAAAGACCGUCGACAGUGCUAUUGUUUGUGGUUACUUUGUCUUAAUUUGCUUUAGUGUCAAAUUUGGUUCUUUGAGUUUGUGAUGGGUGAAAAGAAAAGAAUAUAACCAUUGCCGGCAGUCCUGGGUUUUGCCGGUGGCGAUGGCGACGUGUGCAAGGUAAAAGGCUAUUUCGGUAAGGUUUCUGUGGUGUUUGGGAUUUUGGGGUUUAUGAUUGGUUAAUGCCAUUUGGGUUAAUUUGAAUGACCUGGGUGUUGGUAUUUUGAGUGUUUGAUUAUGGAAAUUUUGUAUGUAUGGUAUUUUGUGGGGUAAUAAGGUGUUUAGGGGGUUUGGUCCAGGUUUGGAUGAGGUCAAAGAAAAGGGUGAUGGUGCCUUUUUCUAUAAGUUUUUAAGAAAGGUAGAAAAAUAUAAUGAAUGAGGAUUAAUUGGGGAUGGAAUUAAUUUAGAUCACCAACCUUUUCGGUGUCGUUUGGUUAAUGGUAUACUUGUUGCCUUCUCCCUAAGCCUUCUGGGGAAUUAGCUGGCUGCUUCAAUCCUGCUCCGUUCCCCUUUUUUGGUGUUUUUGUUGUUGUGCUUUUUGUGUGUGGCCAAGGAAGAGAAGAGGAAAGGAAUAGAAAUGAGACUUAGUGGUCUCUUUUCUGUCCUUUGUGGUUGGCAAAAUGUGAAGAAUGAGAGAAGAAAGCACUUUUUGUUUGUUGUUGGGAUUGUUGGUAUGGUGUUUAAGAGGAAAGGAAAUGGAAGUCUGAAAGUUUUAUUGUAUUUUGUUUGUGGGUGAGAGAGGAAGUGGAUGGGUUUAUGUCUGUGUUUGUGGCUGUGUGUUUAGGAGGUAGAGAAGUGCAAGGAAGAAGACAAGGGUGUUCUGAGGAAAAGGAAGCCUCGGUUUGGCAGAGGUUCGUUAUCUGUGCAGGAAGAAAAAGGAUCAAGAGGAAGAAAAUGGUCUUUGGCCGUUAGUUUGGGAGAGAAGAAGAGACGUUUUUUUAUAGAAAAGACAGCUUGGGGAACAAGCUUGCUACAGUAUUGGUUUUGGGUUAGACAAAUCCAGGCUUGGUCAGGCCUGAUUGGGUAGACUGGCUUGACCAAGUUCACUUUGACUUUUGUAUUUUGACUUGGGUUUUGGACUUGGGCUAACAACUAUGUAAUUUUUAUUUUGAAUUUGUAAAUAUAAUAUAAUGUAAUUAAUUAAUUAUCAUUUAUUGAGUAUUAAUGAAAGUUUUAUUUUUAUUGUAUU